AUCCACAGGUCUAAAUCGCUCUUAGAUAAUAAAGCUUCAAUGGCGAUACUAUACCGGUGGGAGGCAGCAAUGCACUAAAACAGAGCCGAGACUGCCGGAAAAAAGAAGAAUAAGCUUUACUAUUUUGUGUGAAUCAUCUAUGGUGUGAAUGCGCCCCUCUGUGGUCAGCACCGGUGCACACACCACGAGGACCCGCCAAACACACACACACACACACACACACACACACACACACACACACACACACAAGUAGACGCGUGACAUGCCUGCUAGCUCAAUAGUAAGCUAACUGUUAGUUUCGCUGUCCUAUCGUAGUUGCAAUCAUGUUUGUAGCGCGUAGUAUCGCAGCAGAUCAUAAAGAUCUAAUUCACGAUGUGUCGUAUGAUUUUCACGGCCGCAGAAUGGCAACUUGCUCCAGUGAUCAAAGUGUCAAGGUUUGGGACAAAAGUGAGAAUGGAGAGUGGCACUGCACAGCCAGCUGGAAGACACACAGCGGCUCAGUGUGGAGAGUGACCUGGGCUCAUCCAGAAUUUGGGCAGGUUCUGGCCUCCUGCUCCUUUGACAGGACAGCUGCUGUCUGGGAGGAGAUUGUUGGGGAGUCCAAUGACAAGCAGAGAGGACUGAGCCACUGGAUAAAGAGAACCACACUAGUGGACAGUAGGACGUCAGUGACUGAUGUGAAAUUUGCCCCUAAACACAUGGGCCUCAUGCUGACCACCUGCUCAGCGGACGGAGUGGUGAGGAUCUACGAGGCUCCUGAUGUGAUGAACCUAAGUCAGUGGUCCCUGCAGCAUGAGAUCUCAUGCAAGCUCAGCUGCAGCUGCAUUUCUUGGAACCCCUCAAGCUCUCGAGCCCACCCGCCAAUGUUUGCAGUGGGGAGUGACGACAGCAACGUAACGUACGGUGGGAAAGUACAGAUCUAUGAGUAUAAUGAAAACACAAGGAAAUAUGCUAAAGCAGAGACGCUGAUGACCGUCACUGAUGCAGUCCAUGACAUUGCAUUUGCUCCAAACCUGGGAAGAUCUUUCCACGUGCUCGCCAUUGCAACUAAAGACGUCAGGAUCUUCAAGCUUGUGCCUAUGAGGAAGGAGACCACCUCUACAGGACCCACCAAGUUUGAGGUGCAGAUUGUGGCUCAGUUUGACAACCAUAACUCCCAAGUGUGGCGUGUGAGCUGGAACAUCACCAGCACCCUGCUGGCCUCUUCCGGGGAUGACGGCUGUGUUCGCCUCUGGAAAGCUAACUACAUGGACAACUGGAAGUGCACAGGCAUCCUGAAGGGAGACGGCAGCCCACUCACUGGCUCGUCUGGUCAGCCCACAGCCAUGAGCACCGUGGUGGGCUCGUCUGUUCAGACCUCCCAGAACGCCCUGAACGGCAUGUCUGCAGGAAGGAUUGGAAAGAGGGCUCCCUUUGCCCCUCCCCUGCGGCAGCUGACCUCUCCAAAGAUAUACCAGCAUCCUGCAUAUUACUAAUGUCUCCUCUGCAUCAGCUACCAUUUGCGCUUGUGUUAAUUCAUUGGAAAUGUGUGAGUCAAGUCCUAGCUGAAUACUUGAGUAUUACUAGUUAAGGACUGCAUGAAAACUGCAUGCUCCUGUUCUUCACAGCUUUAUUUUCAUUCCAACAUGUUUGCCAGCAGAAGAUGGUGCACAUACACCUUUACAAAAUAAACCUCUGUCACUACUCUGUCUGCCAUUCUCCUUUUCCUGUUGUGUUUUUUGGUUUCUACAUGCAUCUCUUCUCCUCUUAAUCUCUCAUUUCUACUUCCUUGUAUAUGUUUCCCCUCUGUACUCCAUUGUCAUGGUCUUUUCCCUUUCCGUGUAUUUGUCGUCUUCGUCUCCUUCCAUGUCUUUCGUUGCUUCAGGUAUUUCUUUCCGCCUCUGGAUCCUCCCAGAGCGGGGACCAGGUACGGUCACCUGCUGCCUCCCCCCUCCCUCAUAGAGCACUGUGAUGCUGAGCCCAUUCAGCCUCAGCAACAGGCUCUCCCCCACAGACACUCCUCUAGGGCACUGCUGCCCUUACCAGAGGCUGAAGGGCAGUGAUUUGGUCGUUUAAAAAAAAAAAGAAGGGACCAGCUUGCGGGAAAGGCAGGGGCCCCACAACUGCCAUUCAUUUCUAAUAAAGACCUUAAUCUUU